GAAGGCUGCAUGCAACUCCAUCCUGGUUUUGGCAAGAGUAAUGGCUGGCCACAAAGACAAUGCAGACCAUGUUAACUGCUAACUGUGCCUGUGUUUAAGUGUGAUUCUACAGUGGAAAAUGGGGAAUUCAGAAAGCCAAUACAGUCUACAGGGAUCAAAAAAUCAUGCUGCUGCUACAGCCAGUGCCAAGCAGAAGCCUUGUUCUCUGAAAAUUCGCAGCAUUCAUGCUAAAGAUGAAAAGUCUUGCUCUAUGCAUGGAUGGGGGCAUACCAAUAGUGGCUCAAACUACAAAUCAAGGUCCCUUGCCAGAAGCUGCCUUUCACACUUCAAGAGUAGUCAGCCAUAUUCAUCUAGACUCAGUGACACUGUGGUGAAGGUCUCUAAAAGCAAUGCCCAUGCCAAACACAGGACAAAUACCUCAGGGGACUACUGCCAAGGAAAUAACACGGUGUUUUUGCCAGAGAAUGGUUUCCACUAUAUCGGCCUUCAAGCUGGAAGUAAUCACACUGCCUCUCGAGAAUGCAAUGGGCACAUUUUAAAUUGCUACGGAAAGAAUGAGAGUCUUGCAUCAACCUCCCCAUCAGAGGACAGGAGAAGUCCAAAAGUUCUCAUUAAAACAUUGGGGAAGCUGGAUGGUUGUUUGAGGGUUGAGUUCCACAAUACCAGCAACAGCAAGGUACCGACUGAGGAGUCCAGUGGUCCAGUCCAGUUGCUGAGGUAUUCACCUGCCUUGGAAUCUAAGCCAAAUAACCUGCUCGACGUCAGGAGGAACUCCAGUGCAGACUGUUCUUCAAGCCAUCGUCUGUCACCUACUGAUUCAAGGCUUCGAUCUAGUAAAGGAAGCUCCCUCAGUUCUGAGUCUUCAUGGUAUGACUCUCUCUGGGGAAAUGCUGGGGAUAUCAAUGAACUGGAUGGUCCGUACUUGACCAGGAGCACUCCAGAUACAAGCAUUCAUGCCAGUUUCCCAGCAGGCGACAACAAGAAGUCCUUCAACCAAAGUUCAUCUCUUUCCUCACUUCGAGAUCUCUAUAAGGAUACAAAUUUGGAAAGCACUCCUCUACCUGGGAUCAGGCUGUCUGACGAGUACAUUGACACUCAUGGAAGCCUAUGCAACCGUGUCUCAUUUGCCUCAGAUAUUGAUGUUCCCUCCAGGGUAGAGCAGGGAAGUCCUGCACAUUACUCCUCCUAUACACUCCCAUGCAGAAAGUCCAAGCCCCUCAGUGAGGAUGCAUCCAAGAAGGAUACAUUAAAAAACCGAAUGCGACGCAUCAGUGACUGGACAGGAAGCCUCUCGAGGAAGAAAAGGAAGCUGCAGGAGCCCAAGUGUAAAGAUGGGAGUGAAUACUUUGACAGCAGAAUGGACAACUUCACUACAGACACGCUGGCACCGUCACAGCUCUCUGCUUUGCUGUGGUCACCCGGCUCCAGCCAUGUCCUGUCCCAGAGAAGUGAGUCCACCAACGCGGUCAGCAGUGAUGCCCUGAGGCAGAACAUUUAUGAAAACUUCAUGCGGGAGCUGGAGAUGAGCAGGACAAACCUGGAGAACACUGAGACUUCGUCAGAAACGGAGGACUCCAGUGGCGAGUCCCUCAGCUCCUUGGAGCAGCUGGAUUUGUUGUAUGAGAAAGAGCAAGGAGUGGUGCGCAAGGCAGGGUGGCUGUUCUUCAAGCCCCUGGUGACCCUGCAGAAGGAGAAGAAGCUGGAGCUGGUCACACGGCGGAAGUGGAAGCAGUACUGGGUCGCACUCAAAGGUUGCACUCUGUUGUUUUAUGAGACCUAUGGAAGGAACUCGAUGGAGCAGAGCAGUUUGCCUCGAUACGCCCUGUUUGCAGAAGACAGUAUAGUUCAGUCUGUUCCAGAACAUCCCAAGAAAGAAAACGUGUUCUGUCUCAGCAAUUCUUUUGGAGAUGUCUACCUAUUUCAGGCAACAAGCCAGACGGAUCUAGAAAACUGGGUUACUGCCAUACAUUCAGCCUGUGCUUCCCUCUUUGCGAAGAAGCUUGGUAAAGAAGACACCAUUAGGCUGCUGAAAAAUCAAACCAAGAGUCUCUUCCAGAAGAUUGAUAUGGAUGGCAAGAUGAAAAAAAUGGCAGAAUUGCAGCUCUCAAUUGUUAGUGAUCCAAAAAACAGGAAGGCCAUAGAGAAUCAGAUCCAGCAAUGGGAACAGAACCUGGAAAAAUUUAACAUGGACCUUUUCCGAAUGCGAUGCUACCUAGCCAGUUUGCAAGGUGGGGAGCUCCCAAACCCAAAGAGCCUUUUGGCUGCUGCCAGUCGUCCUUCAAAAUUGGCACUGGGGCGACUUGGCAUUUUCUCUGUCUCAUCCUUCCAUGCACUGAUCUGCUCCAGGGAUGAAGCUGCUCUCAGGAAACGUACCCUAUCUCUGUCACAAAGGGUCCGAAAUAAGAAGGGUUUAUUUUCUUCGCUAAAAGGACUGGACACAUUGGCAAGAAAAGGGAAAAAUUCUAUAACUCAGCAAGUCGAUGACUUUUUGAAUGUCUACUGCUCAGUGCCAGAGAGCAUCCAGAAGGAGAGUGCUUGGGAAACACAGACGUAUGUUCACUUCUGUGAUGGCCAAGGAGUGGCACUGACUCUCAAGCCAGAGCACAGGGUGGAAGAUGUUUUGUCUUUGGCAUGCAAGAUGAAACAGCUGGAGCCAAGACAUUAUGGCCUACAACUCAGAAGACUGAUUGAUGAAAAUACUGAGUAUUGUGCUCCUGAACCAUAUGAAUACAUAGUAGACCAGGAAAGUGUGUAUGAUGAAAUAGAAAUUUGUCCGUUAAAUGUUUAUCACAUUCAUCUUACAAAGACUGAAAAUAUAAGUGAUUUUGGCUUUGCUGUCACAGCACAAGUUGACGAAAGUCAGCAUCUCACCCAUAUACUUGUAAGUGAUGUUCUCCCUGAUGGACUGGCAUACAAGGAAGGGCUCCGAGUAGGCAAUGAAAUCCUGAGCGUAAAUGGAGAGGCAGUGUCUGAUCUUGACCUCAGGCAGAUGGAGUUACUGUUUUCAGAAAGAAGUGUAAUGCUCACUCUGAGAAUGAACCAGUAUGGGACUCAGCAACCCUUGUGUGCAUCCUGGUCUGAUGGUGACAUUUCCAGGGAUCCAAAGAGUUUGUUGCCCCCUCCAAACCAGUCACAGCUCCUGGAAGAGUUUCUAGAUAACUUCAAAAAGAACACAGCAAAUGGUAAGAAGUUGACAAUAAUCCCCUUAAUUUCACUUCACUCUUGG